UGUUCAAAAUAAGAAUAAGUUAAAUUUUUUGACACUUACAAGUUUAAUUUUAAAAUAUUUUAGAAAUCAUUAGAGUUGGCAACACUAAUUUGUAUUAAAAAUGGCUGCCUACAGGUUAAAUAACCUGAUGUUAUCCUCCAAUGAGAUAAGUUAACGAGACUUUAACGUAUUUAAAUUUGUAUUCAUAAAUAUUGAUGCACGGAAUUUUAUAAUUGUAAUAAAAUAGGAAUAAAUUAUAUUUUUAAUUUAAUAUGGAAAUUGAUAUAAAUGAAAGGGAGUUACCAAAUGAUGCUUGGAUGGUGAAACCAUGUGAAUGGUAUAAAGAAGAAUAUCGAGAUUGUAUGAGCUUCAAAGCAAGAUUUAAUCAAUAUUUUAUUUAUGGAAAAUUUCUUGACUGCAAAGAAUGGUUGUGUAAUUAUGAAGACUGUUUGAAAUGGAGAAAAUGUAAAGAUCCACAAUAUCUUUCAUCGGUAAUUGAAGAUGAAAAGCGUCGAAGAGAAAAAAGAAUGAACUCUGCAAAAGAAAACGAUGUUUGGGAAUUAAGAAAGGAACCACCUAAAGAUUGGAAUAAACCUUUACCUGAUUAUUUAGUAGCACGACAGACUUAUUCUAUUUUUGAAGAAAAAGAAAAGGAAUUUAAAAAAUUGGGAACUUAUGGAAAUUCUUCGAAGUUAUGUACAAUCUUAUAACUUAAGUUAGAUUUAGUAUCUUUUAGUUAAUUAUAUAUAUAAUUUUCAUCAAAAAAGAAAAUUUUUGUAU